UCCCUGUAUGCGAACGAGUGGUCUUGUUUCGAGCAAAAAACUAUCCACUGAUUUUCUUUUUCUAUAUAUAAGCAGAGGUCGAUGGAGGUGUGAAGCAGCACGGCCUCUGGCUGCAAUCGUUUCACGUUUCUGAAGCAGGCAUGAAGAUCCUCGCCGUCGCCGUGCUCUUCCUCCUCGUCCCGUACCUUCUCCCUGGCGGCGCAUACGCCGGCCACCCACACAAGUCCUUCACCUCCAUAUUCAGCUUCGGAGAUUCUUAUGCCGACACCGGCAACUUAGUCAACCUGGCCGCGCCGUUCGUCCCGUUGAUCCCGUUCAACAACCUCCCCUACGGCGAGACGUUCUUCGGCCACCCCACCGGCCGGGCGAGCGACGGCCGCAUCAUCCUAGACUUCAUUGCCGAUGCUUUCGGUUUGCCCUUGGUGCCGCCGUUCCUGGCGCAAGGGCAAGACUUCAGCAACGGCGCAAACUUCGCCGUCGUGGGGGCGACGGCCCUGGACCUGGCCUACUUCCAGCAGCAGAACAUCACCUCGGUGCCUCCGUUCAACAGCUCUCUCAGUGUCCAGCUGGGGUGGUUCGAGCAGCUCAGGCCUUCACUCUGUAGCACCACGAAAGUUAGUGCAAAAUGUACAGGAUGCGAGCAUUACUUGGGCAAGUCCCUCUUCUUCAUGGGAGAGUUCGGCGGCAACGACUACGUCUUCCUCCUGUCUGCCAGCAAGACCGUGGACGAAACCAAAGCCUACGUUCCAACCGUUGUCAACGCCAUCACCAUCGGUGUCGAGAGGCUGAUCCUGCUCGGCGCCAGGCGCAUCGUGGUGCCGGGGAUCCUGCCGACGGGCUGCACCCCCAUCAUGCUGACGCUCUACGCGAGCCCCAACAAGGCAGACUACGACCGCUACGGGUGCCUCACCAAGUACAACGGCUUGUCGCGCUACCACAACGACCUCCUCCGGAGCCAGGUCAAGGCGCUCCAGAAGGAGUACCCGUACGCAAAGAUCGCGUUCGCCGACUACUACACCCCCGUCCUCACCUUCCUGCACAGGCCGGCCAUUUUCGGGUUUGACGGCAGCUCGACGCUGGUGGCAUGCUGCGGCGCGGGCGGCGAGUACAACUACAACCCCAUCGCGGCCUGCGGCUUCCCCGGCGCGACGGCGUGCGCGGACCCGUCCACGGCGGUGAACUGGGACGGCAUCCACCUCACGGAGGCGGCGUACAGGACCGUCGCCGGGACAUGGCUGCACGGCCCGUUCGCGGAGCCACCCAUACGGAAUCUGGCGUAUUGAUCCAUCGAUUGCUUCAUCUCAACUGUUUCGUCAUGGAAUAAUGGAUGGGUCAUCCAAGCAAACUGAAUUGCAUGGUUCUGACUGGAUAUGCAUGUUGAUUUCCUGUUUAUUGGAAAUUUUCCUUUGAAGAAGAAAAGAAAGGCGUUUUGGGCACAUGUUUAUUCUGUUUUUUUUCUUGUACUAAUAACUGUGAUGAGUGUACAAUCUUCGGGCUCGGUUAUCCCUUCAAACGGGACUAUUUAUUUAUCUUGCCUGAUCUUUUACACAUUUGGAUGAAGCAAUCAAUUUUUCCAGCCUCU